AUGGCCAGCGAAUCAGGCCUACCGAUGCUGCAUCCGGAGGAGGCGUCCACCGGCCUGGAGGAUGCGCUGAACAGGAAGGCUCCGACGGACGGUCACGAGGCGUGCGCAACAGAAAGGGAAGCGGGGGACGGCUGCUCCAUGGCGUCCGACGAGGCUGAGGCAGGCAAGAAGGCAGGCUUGUCCGAGGUCCAGGAUCAGGGCGGCGAUGCGACGGUGGUGGCCGACCUAAUGACGGACGAAGAAGAAGAUCAGGACGAGGCUGUUGCCGACUGCCCGUUUGAUCAGGUCGACCAUGUCGACGGCAAGAUGAUGAAGGAAGAGGAGGACGAGGAUGAGGACGACGACGAUGACGACGUGGACUUCCCAUCAAACGCGUUCUACGCAGAGUGGAAAGCACGCCACGGGGCGCAAUUCCUUCAUCAGGGCGCCGAUGUGACGGUGGUGGCCGACGAACUGACGGACGAAGAGGACGACGACUUCUCCUCCCCGUUUGAUUACGCGUUCCUCGCAAAGUUGGAAGAACGGCACGAGGAGGAAUUCCAGGAGCUGUUAGCUGAGAUGAUGAUAUAG